AUGGCCGCCGCCGAGCAUGUUUCAUUUGGUGAGGCCUUAGACGAGCUGAUCAAGGCGAAGAAGGCGCUCGACGACAUGCCGAUCGGCGCCGCGCAACGGGCGGAACGCGUGGCCGCCACCUCCCUCGCCGUUCAGCACGUCGUCGCGGCUUGGGAAGCGGUGAAAGCCAAGGAAGCGGGAAAAGUCGAGGACAAGGGCCAGGCGUCUGUCUCUUCCGACACUGAGGAGGAUAUUUUGCCCCGGGAUUUGGGCCAAUGGCGAACCGAACAGGACGUUCAGCCAUCCCCUGACAUCAGCAUCCGCUUCAACGGGGCCUCACCGCCGUCGACGCGCCCUGACACGACCAUCGCCAUGGACAGCACCCAGCCGGUCGAGCAACCCGACGACUGGCUAGAGAGCUUCGCGAACUACAGCGACUCGCCGGCCAGCUCCCCGAUGUCGGCCCGCUCGCGCCGCCUCAACAAUUCCACCCUCCUGGAACCCAAUGAAGAAGUCGAGGAAGAGGUCGUCCAGGCCGGCACGCCUGGAUCCCUGGUCGGUGCCGGCGCCCUUCUCGUCAAGCAGGUGGCGCCGCGGCGCGGCAAAGGGCGUCCUCGGCAGUUUGGGCCCGGCCACUGCCAAGAGUGCCCCGAUGAGAAAGGCGAGCAAGAGGUCUCGCACAAGUGUGGCCCGGCUUUGUGCAAGCCGCACCUCCGCAUCUUUACCGGCAUCCACGACCUGCUCGCCGCCGACCCGCCCUGCAAGAAGCACUGCUCCAAGGACGAGCCCUGCCUCGUCUGCCAGAAGAAGGUCGAUUAUGAGGAGUGGCUUGAUAAGGGUGUCCGAAUGCCCGGCGAGCAG